CCUCACCGCCGCUCCCUCCACCACUCGUCCCGGGGUUUUCACCUCGGACAUGGAAAAAAAUGGAAGUUCGGGUGCGGAACGCAGAGGCCCAGCCCCGCCUCCCCGAGCUGCAGGCGGGGGCGGCACCGCGCUUAUCCCGGGCCGGGGCCCGCUCGGUGUGGCGUUUCGUACUGCUGCGAGCAGGACAUGAUAGAAAAGAAUCCUGCUCCAGGACAGAUACCUAUGACCUACCUAAGCUACCUUGCUUACAUGCUGGAAGAAUGGACUGCUGUGGAGUACCUGAAGAAAUAUUUUUUCCACAUGGUCAUCAUAUCAACGAUUAUUAGUGCAAUAUUAAUUUUUUUUAUAGUUCCUUUAACAAUCCUCUUUUUCAUUUACCUUACCAACGUGUUGCUUUUAAUAUAUCAGAGGAAUGGCGAGGUAAAAGCAGAUCCCUUGAGUGAUGUUUGGGACAGUGCAAGGAAAACUGUGGCAAGCUUCUGGGAUAUAUAUGCAAGAAUAUGGCAUGGUUAUGAACUUCACGGUGUGGAAAACCUACCAGAAGGACCAGGCAUUGUUGUUUAUUACCACGGAGCUAUUCCUAUAGACUAUCUCUACUUCUUAUCUAGGCUAUUUCUCUGGAAGAAGAGACUUUGUCUGUCAGUAGCUGAUAAUUUUGUCUUUCGUUUACCAGGGCUCAAAUUAUUACUGGAUGUGACUGGUGUUAUGCCAGGUACAAGGGAGGAGUGUCUCAGUGCACUGAAGAAUGGACACUUGGUGUCUAUUUCACCAGGUGGAGUUAGAGAAGCCCUGUUCAGCGAUGAAAGCUACCAGCUCAUGUGGGGAAAUCGAAAAGGCUUUGCUCAGGUUGCUCUAGAUGCGAAAGUGCCUAUCAUUCCAAUGUAUACUCAAAAUGUCCGGGAGGGAUACAGGAUGUUUAAAGAACGAAAAUUUUUCAGACAACUGUAUGAAAGUACUCGAUUGCCAUUUACUCCUCCAUAUGGAGGACUUCCAGUUAAAUUUCGCACAUACAUAGGGGAGCCAAUACCUUAUGAUCCAAAUAUAACUACAGAUGAAUUGGUUGAAAAGACAAAGUCUGCAGUCCAGGCUCUAAUAAAGAAGCACCAAACAAUCCCAGGCAGCAUAUGGAAGGCUUUAUUGGACCGAUUUGAUAAACAUUGUAAAAGUGAUUAGAAUAUUUAAGUUUAUUUUACUGCUUUUACAGCAUGCAGUCAAAGCCAAUGUCCUACAGCAGUAAUGACUAAUUGGUGUCUAACCAGUUUAAUUUACAAGUUCCUAUAGAUUCAACAGAAGAAAACAAUCAACCUCUUGAAGAUUUCCUUGUGUAAGCUCUUUUGCUCUUUGAGAAUAUUUGUGAAGUCAGGAAGAGUGGGCUUAUGUAUAAUGGGCAGUGCAAGUACUAAAUUUCCCAAAAGGAAAUCAUGUUGCCCGUAUGGGUUCAAAAGUUUUGCCUGUUCUGUGGGUGUUAAGAGGCUUUUUUUUGUUGUUUUUGAGCUGUUCCUAGUCCAGUCUCAGAAAAGAAUCUUAGAGUAGGUGUUGUCCAGUCUAGCAGGCAGUCAGUACUUUUCCAGUUGGACCUCAUACAAGACAGUGUGAGAAAAUGUCUUACUUUUGAAAAAUGAUCUAAAUAGCAGAUUAUUAGCUAGAGAUGUAUACAGAAAAAUAAUCCCAUUAAGCCUAGUGUUAAAUUCAUACAACACAGCACUGAGCUUAAUGGCUCAGUAUCUUUAAAAGUAAGAAUUCUGCAUCCCGGAUUUUGCUCUGAUGGAGAGAAAUCUUCUACCCCUUUGUACAGUGGAGGGAGAGGUCCCCCUCCCCUUUUAUAAGAAGAUGAAAAGUCUGGCUAACUUUGGUGAAGAAAUAACAGUGACAGAAAUUCCUGAUUCAGAUUCUAACUACAGUUCGAGGAAAAAUUUAAAGUUUUAUACUCUCAAAUAAAGGAAAAAAGCUUCAGUUAAGUGUAGCACUAUGCAAAUACAUGCAGAAUGUACUUUCAAGUCUGUGUUUGUACAUUCAUGCACUAUCGCACCAUGCAAUACUGAUAUAGUGGAUAAGGCUGCCUCUAGCCUGAGAAUCAUUGCAUGAUAGUUUGUUAACAGUACAGAUGUGCUAUGCUCAGCGAGUGGGGUGGGGAGGACUUGAGUAAUAUAGGCCUGAUGCUUAUAUCUACUGGUGGUUUGCAACACUUCCAUUCCCAUACAGAUUGAGCCUGAAUGGCUGCUUGGAAAGUGAAGGUGCAAGCAGUGUCAUUUUCCUAAUACAGCUUUCAGAAUACUGAAACUUGCUGAAAAACAGAACGUGUUUUUACAAGCUAGGAGAUGUUGUUAUUGUUGGGAGUGGGAGAGCUUUGUGUAAUGUAUCCAAUAUACUAUUAAAAGCAACCAAGUCUGUUAACUUCAGACAUGAAGGAAGGUCAUUUUUUGUGCCUAAGUGUUUCUUCUUGUACUUUUAAUACCUACAUAAUCUUUUCCCUCAACAUCCUAAAAUUUUAUGUAGCAUCUAAGAAAAUGUAUACGUCAGCCUAUUGUCACUAGAAAUCUAAAUGUACUCUGUGGAUUAAAAUAAACCUCUCCUCUUCCCAUGCUCCUUCUCCAUAAAUAUUUCUUGCACAUCAGAAGAAGGGAGCAGAAUGGACAGGUGAGCAUACCUUGAAGAAUUCUUUUUUCCCUUAAGCAAAAAGAAAAGAAUCCUGUCCUGAAUAAAACUCAGAUCUGUUCAAAGACAUAAGAAUGUUUACUUGAACACCUUAACUAUCAUUGCAGUACGCAAGCAGAAGCAUUUUUCUCUCAGCAGUGACAAAACUCAAGCAAAUCAAGAUGCUGACUAGUAUGCCUGAACAUGAAUAGGAAUUCAGACCAUUAAGUUUCAUAUAACUUACACCAACAAUAUAAGCUAAAAUUCAAAGCCUGAGCUUAACAUAAAUGAGAAAAGGAAAUAAAAGGGUUAGCAAAUACUAAAGCGAAUACAGUGAAUGAAGCAACAGUGAUGUGGAAUAAGUGGAAUCUGAAAGCAUUCCUUGUAUCACAGAAACUAUGCAGAAGGAUGAGACAGUGAGGAUGUUAGCAUCAUCAAGUGAUACACUUCAGUCAUCUGUAUUUUAGGAGCUGCACAACCUUUCAGACUCCACAUGCUCUGGUACCUGACCAUGCUGCAACUCAGAAUAAAGCACUACCAGCCUCAGAGAGAGAAUAUGUGAUCAGAAACAGUGGUCAUCUUUCACAGGGAUUUGAGCCUGGAUCUCCUACAUCAGACAGCUCUUAACAGUUUGUUCAAAAAGUUCAAGGCUUUUCUGGGCUAUUUAAUCUUAUAACUGCAUCCCUAUAUUAUUUGCAGCUUAUCUGAAGUGCGUGAAACUUAAUUGCUAUAGGUUUUCUUCUGUCACUGUUGUCUUGAGAGUAUUUACUGGGUUCUCAAGAUGAUGGACAAAAAUGUUCUUUAGAGGUCUAAGUGGUUUUGAAUAAAGAAUAAGACAGUGUUUUUUCUCAUACGAAAAAAAAGUCAAACCAUUUUUCCUCAGAAAUAUGUUAGAAUACUUCACCAGUAAAGAUUUUUAAUAGAGAACUGUGCUAAUACAGAAACUAGAACUUGAAGCUGGUAUUUUAGGAACUAGCAGAAACAGGAGCUGCUUCUCAUGCAAUUGUAAUUGCUGGCUGUACAGUAGCUAAAUGAGCAUGUAUGGCUGGAACCAAGCCUGGUGUAACUUCAGUAUUCCCUUAUUUGUUAGAUUUAUUUGUUGUUGUUUUUUUUUAACAUGCAAGGUAGAUUCAGAAAUCAUAUCCAAGGCUGCAAGACGCUGAGAUCUCUAUUAACAAUGCCAAAAACUUCAUGUUCAAACUGCAGUUUCAGGAAUACUAAAUUCAGUCAGAUACUGCACAGAACCACGUGUGUGACUUCAGAAGCAGAGUAUCAGAACUAAAGCUGCUUGACUCUGGCUAUGCUUAAAGGCACAGCUACUUCAUGGAUACACUGUCGGACUGCAGUAUGUAAGACUAUGGUUUGAAUUCCUACUCCUGUCCUGGCAUAUUACGUAGCAGGCAUGCACUGAAUGUAGGCUAAUACACAGAUUUUAGACUUUAUGCAAAUGCAGACCCUGCCAAUUUUAGCGAAUACGUAACAUCAGCACAAUCCUAAAAUUAUUUCAGAUGAAUCUCAAGUUUUUUUUUUGCUUUUAGAAAUGAAGUCUAUUGUAUUCCUCGCAUUUUCCCAGGGUUAUUUCUAUAAUGGAAUGCAUUAAUAUUUGCCCUUUCGUAUACCAAACACCUCCCUCCACACACAAAAAAUUCAUACCCCUUCUUCAAAAAUCUCUCACUGUAGUAAUUUCACUCCACUCUCUGCUAGGAAUAUCAGCAUCUCCUAAAUAUUCCUGAUCUCUGGAUAAAACAGCAAAGAAGUUGUGCUUUAUGGAAAUAACUAGAGAACAAGUAUUUGAGUGGUAUGAAAAAAAAAAAGCUGGAGUAAUGUUAAAAA